CUCAAACGGAGCCCGCGGCUCCAGGGCGGCGCUGAUUGGCUGAGGAAGAUUCUCCGACAGACCGGAAGACCUCCACGGAGGGAGACAUCAGGGGCUGCCUGCGGGAUGCGCAGAGGGGACAACCUCGGCCAGGCGGGGUCUGGGACUCUAUCCAUGAGAAAAGAGAAGGGUGUCAAGUUGCUAAAACCAAGAGCCUAAGUUGGAGGAGAAAAACUGCUUAGUUGGUAUACUUCAUUGCUUGACUCCUGGCCUGGAUGACAAACAUGGUACAAUUUGAUCUCUGAUCCUAAGAAUUAAAAAAUGCCUGAAGCUGCUCACAAAAAUCUGACCAGAAAAACAAAUCAAUUCAGCCAGGACAGGGCAAUCCGGGAUACAACCAGGAAAUCAUCAGAGCUGAGGUGCAGUCCUCUUCAGGUCACAACAGAAGGAGGCAGUCAACGGUGGACAGCUACCCUCUCAAUGCAGUGUGCCCUGUCUCUUCUAGUUCCAUGAGUGGGGACACCUGGGUCCUUCAUCAUUUCGACAACCAGGCUUGGCAGGAAUCAGUGGGUUCCUCCCACAGAUCUAUAUCUGGAAUCUAACUUCCUACCUCCCCUUUGAAGGGAAGAAGAUCCAAUUGUUGGAGUAUCUCUUUUUUUUUUUUUUUUUUACCCACAGUAUCACAGUGAAUAACUUACUGAAGAACUUCUGGAAAUUUCAGCCUUUGGUAUUGAAAGUGGAAGAUGGCAGAUAAACUCCCUUCAGAAUUCGAUGUGAUCGUGAUAGGGACUGGUUUGCCCGAGUCCAUCAUUGCAGCUGCUUGCUCGAGAAGUGGCCAGAGUGUUCUACAUGUUGACUCGAGAAGUUAUUAUGGAGGAAACUGGGCUGGUUUCAACUUUUCAGGAUUAUUGUCCUGGAUAAAAGAGUAUCAAGAAGAGAGUGAUGUUGGGGAAGAGUGGGCAGCAUGGCAGGAGCUAAUACUGGAAACAGAAGAAGUCAUUGUGUUUAGAAAGAAAGAUCAGACCAUCCGACAUGUAGAAGUCAUUAGUUAUGUCAGUCAGGAUUCAGAUAAUCCCAUUGAAGAAGUUGGUGCUGUGCAGAACAAUCCUGUGUCUGUGAUGUCUCCUGGCCCAAAUGACCCUCUGGACUCGAUGGACACAUCUUGCUCUGACACAUCUGAAUUACCAGCACCACCCAGUGAGCCAGAGACUGCACUGGAAAUACUUGAAGUGGAUGUGACACUGGACAAAGGAAAUCAUAGUGGUUAUACUAGUUGCAGCCAGUCAGCUUUGGAACAGGACAUAGCUGAUCGUGUGCCUAUCAUAGAAGAUGUUGCUAAUGCACCCAAGAAGAAUAGGAUUACUUACUCCCAAAUUGUUAAAGGAGGCAGGAGAUUUAAUAUUGAUUUGACCUCAAAGCUUCUUUAUUCUCGAGGAUUAUUAAUUGACCUUCUGAUCAAAUCAAAUGUUAGUCGAUAUGCAGAGUUCAAAAAUGUCACCAGGAUUCUUGGAUAUCAAGAAGGGAGCGUGCUUCAAGUACCUUGCUCCAGAACAGAUGUUUUUAAUAGCAAGAAACUCACUAUGGUAGAAAAGAGAAUGCUGAUGAAAUUUCUGACAUUUUGUUUGGAUUAUGAACAGCACCCUGAUGAAUACAAAGCUUAUGAGGAAAGUACCUUUUCAGAAUACUUAAAAACUCAAAAAUUGACACCCAGCCUGAGACACUUUGUCCUUCAUUCCAUUGCAAUGACAUCAGAGACAUCCAGCAGCACCUUAGAUGGCCUCAGAGAAACAAGAAACUUUCUUCAGUGUCUUGGGCGGUAUGGCAACACUCCCUUUUUGUUCCCCUUGUAUGGCCAAGGAGAGAUACCCCAGUGUUUCUGCAGAAUGUGUGCAGUAUUUGGUGGCACCUAUUGUCUUAACCAUGCAGUACAAUGCCUUGUAGUAGACAAAGAAUCUGGAAAAUGCAAGGCAAUCAUAGAUCACUUUGGUCAGAGGAUAAGUGCUAAGUAUUUUAUUGUUGAAGAUAGUUACCUUUCUGAGAAAAUAUGUUCAAGUGUGACCUAUAGGCAGAUAUCAAGGGCAGUGCUGAUCACAGAUCGAUCUGUACUGAAUGCAGAUUCUGAUCAGCAUAUUUCCAUUUUGACAGUGCCACCAGUGGAACCAGGGUCUGCUGCUGUUCGGGUCAUUGAGUUGUGCUCUUCUACCAUGACAUGCAUGAAAGGAACAUAUCUUGUCCAUUUGACUUGUAUGUCCUUUAAAAAAACAGCAAGAGAUGAUUUAGAAUUGGUUGUGCAGAAAUUAUUCACCCCAUAUGCUGAAGUGGAGCUGGAAAAUGAGGAACAAGAAAAACCAGGUCUUCUGUGGGCCCUCUAUUUCAACAUGAGAGAUUCUUCAGGCAUCAAUAGGGAUUCCUAUAAUGACUUGCCUUCAAACAUGUAUGUCUGCUCUGGACCGGACCGUUUUCUGGGAAAUGAGCAUGCUGUUAAACAGGCUAAAACAUUUUUCCAGAACAUGUUGCCAAAUGAAGAAUUUUGCCCCCCUCCACCAAAUCCUGAAGAUAUUGUGUUCGAUGGAGAUGGUGUGCAACCAGAGGUUCUUGCACCCAAGCCAGACACUGCCAAAGUCACAGGCCAAAGAAACCCAGAAGAGCACGCUGAAAAAUAGAUGGCAGCCAGGUAGGGAGCCCUAAUUCAAGAACUGUACCCAGUGUUCAAAUUGUCUUAAUGCAAGAAAAGUUUGGAAAAGACUCAAAAGCAGCAGUAAGUCAGUUGUAUUUGCAAAAUUACAACAUAUUCAAAGAAACCAGAAGAGUUUUUCCUGCCUUGAAGAAGGGCAUUGUGGCACAAAGUCAAAACCACUCUUCUACAACACAUUUAUUCUGCCUGUUUUAAGAUGUUGGGAUUUUUGAAUUAACAGAUGCAGUUUUACUUCUGGGAGCAGCACUAAUCAGGAUAAGGGAUCUGAUGAAUUGUUAGCUGUUAUGUAGUGUUCAGGCACUACUUUUACUUCCUCUGGAGUCUUUAGAAGCACCAAAAUAUGUUUGUUGUUGAUGUUUUCCAGAAACUUUUAUACUUGAGUUUACAAAAGAACUGUCUUACUAGCUAACAGUAUAUUGUUUAAGCAAAAUGGUUAUCUUCACACUUGGAAUCUUUUUCUUCAGUAGGAAACCUCAGUGACUAGAAUCAGAAGCAGGAACAGCUUUAAGAACAAGUUUUGACAGUGCUCGUGGGCACUGAAAGAAACAAUGGGGUGGACUUGGCAGGAAUAGCAUUCACUAGGUUCUUAAAAAUAAUUUGCAAAAUUACUUUUACAGAAUCACAGGGAAAUUUCUUAUAUGGAAAAAUAGAUCAUUAAAAUAAUGUUAUCUUAUUCUCUUCAAGUAAAUAAUACAGCAUUCUAUGAUAAGAAUAAUUUUCUUUGUGGAUGUAAUGCAGUGGAUAGAGCACUGGGCUUGGGAAGACUUGAAUGAGGCCCUGGAUAAGUUACUCAACCUCUGUUUGC